GCACCUGAAGUCGAAGCAUCAGGAGAAACUGAAGCUCCAGUCGCCGCCAACGAAGAUGAGAAGGUUACAGUCUCAGAAACAAAAACCGAAGAAGCCUCAUCCAAUUCCGCUACUACAAAGAAGCCUGAAGAAAAAACAGCAGCUUCAGAGAUUGAAUCUUCGGGUGAGACAGAAGGAACCACAGUUUCGUCAGUGGAACCUUCACUAGGAGCAACCAUUAGUUUGGCUCCAGACGUAGAAGGAUCUGGUGAAACGGAAA